CAGCCUGUAUUUUUCAGUGUUUGCCUUCUGGGUUCUCUAGUUUUUGGAUGGUUUAGGUGGGUAAGCAGAUCAAAGCUUCUUUUGAAAAGGAGUGAUUAUCUUCUUCUCAAAGAUCCACCAUUGGCAACCCAAAAUGGAGUUGCAGGCUUCUCCAGUGCCUAUUCUUCUCUGCAUUGCAGCUCUCAUGGCUGCCUCUUGCCCUCCAUCCCAAGCAGAAGGUCAGUCAAAGAGCUCGUUUGAAGAUAGUUUUGAUAUAAUGUGGUCCGAGGACCAUUUCAAAACGUCUGAAGAUGGGCAGAUCUGGUACCUCUCCUUGGACAAAGAAACAGGUUGUGGGUUUCAGACAAAACAAAGAUACAGAUUUGGGUGGUUCAGCAUGAAGCUCAAGCUGGUCGGCGGUGACUCUGCCGGUGUGGUCACAGCUUAUUAUAUGUGCUCAGAAAAUGGAGCAGGGCCAGAGAGGGAUGAGCUAGACAUAGAGUUUUUGGGGAACAGAAGUGGAGAACCUUAUCUCAUUCAGACAAAUGUAUAUAAGAAUGGCACUGGAGGCCGUGAGAUGAGGCACAUGCUUUGGUUCGACCCCACUGAGGAGUUUCAUUCAUACUCCAUCCUUUGGAAUAACGAGCAGAUUUUGUUCGUUGUGGAUAGAGUUCCAAUCAGGGUAUACAAAAACAAUGGGAAAGCAAACAACUUCUUCCCCAAUGAGAAGCCCAUGUACCUGUUCUCCAGUAUAUGGAAUGCAGAUGACUGGGCCACAAGAGGUGGGAUGGAGAAGACAGAUUGGAAGAAGGCCCCAUUUGUAUCAUCUUACAAGGACUUCAGUGUUGAUGGGUGCCAGUGGGAGGAUCCAUACCCUGCAUGUGUCUCCACCACGACUCAAAACUGGUGGGAUCAGUAUGAAGCUUGGCACCUCUCUGAUUCCCAGAAGAUGGAUUUCGCUUGGGUGGAGAGGAACCUUGUCAUUUAUGACUAUUGCAAGGACACAGAAAGAUACCCUCAAAUGCUAGAGGAGUGUUCAUUGAGUCCAUGGGAUUAAUGAACUAUAAAUGGACACAUAUUCCAACAACCCCCUUCUUUUUUUUUAUGUGGAUUAGAUAUAAAAUGGUGUAUUUUUUUUCAUGUUAUUAAUGUAUUGGGAUAUUGGGAAUUUAAUUCUAUUUAUUUAAUUAUUGAAUUCUAAAGUAUGGA